AUAAAACCCUUUCUACAAGCAAAUAAGCUAGCUAGUAAAGAAAAGUCUGAUAUAUUUGCAAAUCCUGACUAGUAAUUUAUAAACUAAUUAUUCCUUAUUUUUGUUGGUUAUAAUGGGUAGUUGUAUGCAGGUUAUUAAUGAAGAAGCUGAUCUGCAUCGGGAUGACAUAUUAGACCUUCCUCCUGGAUUUAGGUUUCAUCCAACUGAUGAAGAAAUUAUCACUUGCUACCUUAGAGAGAAAGUUAUGGACAAGAGAUUUACAGCUAUAGCUGUGGCAGAAGUUGAUUUGAAUAAGUCCGAACCUUGGGAUUUACCUGCUAAGGCAAAAAUGGGAGAAAAAGAAUGGUAUUUCUUUUGCCAAAGGGAUAGGAAGUAUCCAACAGGAAUGAGAACAAAUCGUGCAACAAAAUCAGGUUAUUGGAAAGCUACUGGGAAAGAUAAGGAAAUUUACAAGGUCAAAGGUUGUCUUGUUGGACUGAAAAAAACUCUUGUAUUCUACAAAGGGAGAGCUCCUAAAGGAGAGAAGACCAAUUGGGUCAUGCAUGAAUAUAGACUCCAUGGAAAACUUUCUUUUCACAAGCCAGCUAUGGACGAAUGGGUUAUUUGUAAAGUUUUCCACAAGAACAUAGGAGUAGGAAGAGGUUCACUAUUUAUGGAAGAUCUCUUAGAUAGUCCCUCUUCACUGCCUUGUUUAAUAGAAAUCCCAAAAAGUAGUGACGUUCGAGAUGAACUCAACAUAAGAGCCGCUACUAUUGUUGGACGGAAACCCUUGGACGGAAAUCACCUGAUUUCUAGUAGUGUUACUGCAUCGACAUUUGAUGAAAUACACUCUUCACCCUACUUUUCCACUGACAUCUUCAACAAUUAUGCCUUCAAGCAGCAGCAGCAGCAGCAGCUAUUACGAGAGGAUGAGAAGAGCUACGGAUUAUUUGUACCCACACAUUAUAUCUUCACUGGCAUUAAUGAUUAUGAGCACAACAACCAGCUUGCCAGUUCCAGUAACUCAUCGUUCAACCAUGAUCAAUCACUUCCUCCGAAUUCAAAAAUUUCUGAUUAUUCAUUAGAAAGGCAGCAGCUCUCGUCGAACAAUAAAUCUAUGAUUAGUCUUUCACAGGAUACUAACGAGAUUUCUUCAGUGAUUCAAAAGCAAGGAUUUGAUAGCACUUUAGCUGCAGAUCUUGAUUCCAUAUGGAAUUAUUAGUUUGAUUUUAAUCUGUUAAAGGAAAUCAUUAGGACAUUAUAUUGUACAGCUUACUCAUUUGUCUUUAACUCUUUAGGUAAUUCUUUUCACUGAGAUAGAAUAUAUACUAAUUUGAAGGGGUUGGUGAUUACUACUA